AUGGCUGACUUGUUGUUUGCCGCAUUACGGCGUCCACGAAGACCGAGACAGUUUAAACCACCCAUCAAUAUCGAAAAUUUUACAGACGAAGAGCUAAGAAAUCGGUUCACGAUUGGACGACUGGGAAUUGGAUACAUAACAAAUCUCAUAGCCAAUGAACUUCAUCACAGCACUCGCAAGAAUCAUGCGCUUCCACCCCUGCAGCAAGUCCUGAUUGCUCUAAGAUUUUAUGCUAGUGGAAGUUUUCUACAAGUUAUUGGAGACACUGCUGGUGUCGACAAGUCAACCGUUUCGCGUAUCGUGACAAAUGUGUCAAAUGCCUUGAUAGUAAAGCAAAGCGACUUUAUUACGUGGCCAACAGAUGCAGAAGUUGCUGAAGUCAAGAACUCCUUUUAUCGACGUGGAGGCUUUCCUUGUGUAAUUGGCUGGGUUGAUGGCACUCACAUAAGAAUCCAAGCGCCAAAUGAGCAUGAGAACACUUACGUAAAUCGCAAGGGCUUCCACUCUACCAAUGUUCAAGAAGUAUGUAACCACGAAGGUCAGUACUAG